AUGGGGCGGCGAAAUAAAAAACCGGACAAACCCCCCUCUACAGCUGACAUCGGAGAACUAUUGCGGAGGCCCCAAAACUUCCAGAGGCCCGACACGGCACCACAACUGGAGGGCCUGUACCACUCGUUCAGCGAGACCACCGAAUCAGAAGAGGAAGACUAUGGCACUGGAGUGGUGGGAAGACCAAUCCAAUCACCCAUGAAACCUAGCCUCACAGAGGAGAAGCUCAAGGUCAUGCUGGGAGAGCUGCGCCGCAACAUAGCAGCCGACAUCGGAGUCUUCCGCGACGAGAUCAGUGGAGUGGUGGCAUGCCUGCAAAACGCGGAGCUAAACACCGCCGCACAAGAAUCCCAUCUAGCAUCGGUGGAACAACAAAUUCUCACCCUGCAAAAGACACAGAAACAACACCAAAUCAACAUGGCAGCACUUGAAGACAAAAGACGUGGGAAGAACGUCAAAAUCCGAAGCCUACCAGAAGAGGCAGAGACCACAGAGCUGCCGCACCUAAUCCGCAGACUGCUCAACACAUUAUUCAAACCCAAAAAGGCCAAAGGGAUGCCGCUGGAUAGCUGCUUCCGCAUCUCUGGUCAGCAAGCCGGCACACCGGUGAGGGGGAACAAUGUAAUCGUCAGAUUACAACAAGGCAGAGAUCGCCAAACAUUCAUGGCGGCCGUGCGCAGUAAUUCUCCUUUCCACUUUGAAAGCCACUCUCUGACCUUUUACCCUGAUUUGUCCAAGGCCACCAUGGACUGGAGACGGCCCUUGCGACCCCUGACUACAGAACUCAUAGCACACAACAUACCCUACCGCUGA